AUGUUGCGCUUGGUGAGCUGGAACAUCAAUGGGAUCCGGAGCCCCUUGCAAGGGGCGAGAUACGAGGAGCCCAGCAGCUGCACCGCCAUGGCUAUGGGGCGCAUUUUGGAAAAGCUGGAUGCAGACAUCGUCUGUCUUCAGGAGACCAAAGUAACCAGGGAUGUGCUGACUGAGCCCCUGGCUAUCAUUGAGGGCUACAACUCCUAUUUCAGCUUCAGCCGCAACCGCAGUGGCUAUUCUGGUGUAGCCACUUUCUGUAAGGACAGUGCUACCCCAGUGGCUGCUGAAGAAGGCCUGAGUGGCCUGCUUGCCACUCAGAAUGGGGAUGUGGGUUGCUAUGGAAACAUGGAUGACUUCACCCAAGAGGAGCUUCGAGCUCUGGAUAGUGAGGGCCGGGCCCUCCUCACACAACACAAGAUCUGCACAUGGGAAGGGAAUGAGAAGACCUUGACCCUAAUCAACGUGUACUGCCCCCAUGCGGACCCUGGGAAGCCUGAGCGACUCGCCUUUAAGAUGCGCUUCUAUCGCUUGCUGCAGAUCCGAGCAGAAGCUCUCCUGGCAGCUGGCAGCCAUGUUAUCAUUCUGGGUGAUCUGAAUACAGCCCACCGCCCCAUUGACCACUGGGAUGCAGUCAACCUGGAAUGUUUUGAAGAGGACCCAGGGCGCAAGUGGAUGGAUGGUUUGCUCAGUAACCUGGGGUGCGAGAGUGGCUCCCAAAUGGGACCCUUCAUCGAUAGCUACCGCUGCUUCCAGCCAAAGCAGAAGGGGGCCUUCACCUGUUGGUCAACAGUCAGUGGUGCCCGCCAUUUGAACUAUGGCUCCCGGCUUGACUACGUGUUGGGGGAUAGGACCCUGGUCAUAGACACCUUUCAGGCCUCCUUCUUGCUGCCUGAGGUGAUGGGCUCUGACCACUGCCCUGUGGGUGCAGUCUUAAGCGUGUCCUCUGUGCCAGCAAAACAGUGCCCACCUCUGUGCACCUGCUUCCUCCCUGAGUUUGCAGGUACCCAACUCAAGAUCCUACGAUUCCUGGUUCACCUCAAACAAGAUCCUGUGUUCAAGCAGUCAGCACUACAGCCCACCAAUCAAACACAGGUACACAUGCGCCAAAACAAAGCCCGUGUGCGCUCAACUAGGUCCCGGCCAAGUAAAACUGGCUCUAGUAGAGGCCAAAAAAACCUGAUGAGCUACUUCCAGCCAUCCUCCAGUCGCCCCCAAACUUCUAACUUGGAUAUUCCUAGCCUGGGCACCCUUGUGACCCCAAAGACCUCAGAAGAAGACGUGGUGGCCAAUGUGGUGGAGGGGCAGGCCAAGGCUUCAGAGGCCAAGGAUGAAAAGGAGAUACGGACCUCAUUCUGGAAGUCUCUGCUUGGGGGGCCCUCGCCCAUGCCCCUCUGUGGGGGACACAGGGAGCCAUGUGUAAUGCGAACUGUAAAGAAGCCAGGACCCAACCUGGGCCGCCACUUCUACAUGUGUGCCAGGCCCCAGGGUCCUCCCACUGACCCCUCUUCCCGCUGCAAUUUCUUCCUCUGGAGCAGGCCCAGCUGA